UGCGAGUGCGGUCGACCGAACUAUUGAUAGGGCAAGUCAAGAAGGCGGAGUUGUAGGAGUUGUCGAGCUGAAAAAGAGUUUCGGGACAGCAAAUUCGGCCAAAAUGUCGGGAAACAUGGGGAUGGAACAGCUCAUCCCCAUCGUCAACAAGCUGCAAGAUGCCUUCACACAGCUGGGCGUCCACAUGCAGCUGGACUUGCCCCAAAUCGCUGUCGUCGGAGGGCAAAGUGCUGGCAAGAGUUCGGUUCUGGAAAAUUUCGUCGGCAGGGACUUCCUGCCGCGAGGUUCUGGAAUAGUAACAAGACGUCCGUUAAUUUUACAAUUAAUUACCUCUGCCUUGGAAUAUGGUGAAUUUCUGCAUCAAAAAGGCCAAAAAUAUUCCAACUUCGAUGAUAUCCGUAAGGAAAUAGAGGCUGAAACGGACCGUGCAACUGGUUCCAACAAAGGCAUAUCCAACGUGCCUAUCAAUUUGCGCGUCUACUCUCCCAACGUCUUAAACCUCACACUUAUUGAUUUGCCUGGUCUUACCAAAGUGCCAAUCGGCGACCAGCCUGCAGACAUCGAGGCCCAGAUCAAGGCCAUGAUUUUCACCUUCAUCAGAAAGGACAACUGCCUCAUCUUGGCUGUAACACCUGCCAAUACAGAUUUGGCAAACAGCGAUGCCUUAAAAUUAGCUAAAGAGGUUGACCCUGGCGGCUUGAGAACAAUUGGUGUCAUAACCAAAUUGGAUCUUAUGGACGAAGGCACAGAUGCCAGGGAUAUUUUGGAGAACAAACUUUUGCCUCUGAGACGAGGCUACAUUGGAGUCAUCAAUCGAUCUCAGAAAGAUAUAGAUGGAAAGAAGGACAUCCGCGCAGCUUUAGAUGCUGAGCGAAAAUUCUUCCUUAGUCACCCAUCAUACCGGCACAUGGGUGAUAGAAUGGGCACUCCGUACCUGCAGCGAGUGUUGAACCAGCAGCUAACCAACCACAUUAGAGAUACACUGCCUGGCUUAAGGGACAAGCUGCAGAAGCAGUUGCUUGCGUUGGAGAAGGAUGUGGACCAAUACAAGCACUUCAGACCUGACGACCCCUCCAUAAAGACCAAAGCCAUGCUCCAGAUGAUUCAACAGCUACAGUCUGAUUUUGAGCGAACCAUUGAAGGCUCAGGCUCCGCCCUAGUUAACACGAUGGAGUUGAGUGGAGGUGCCAAAAUCAACCGCCUUUUCCACGAAAGGUUUCCCUUCGAGAUUGUCAAAAUGGAAAUCGACGAGAAAGAGUUGCGGCGUGAGAUCGCGUUUGCUAUCAGAAAUAUUCACGGUAUCAGAGUCGGUCUUUUCACACCUGACAUGGCCUUCGAGGCCAUUGUCAAAAAGCAGAUCGCGCGGCUGAAGGAGCCUUGCCUCAAGUGCGUUGAUCUGGUCGUCACGGAAUUGUGUAAUGUCGUCCGCAUGUGCGCUGAAAAGAUGAACCGAUAUCCUCGGCUGAGAGAAGAGACAGAACGCAUCAUCGCCACUCACAUCAGACAACGCGAGCAGCUUUGCAAGGAGCAAAUAAUCAUGUUGGUCGAGAGCGAGCUAGCCUACAUGAACACAAAUCAUGAAGAUUUCAUAGGUUUCGCUAAGUGCCUUGAGACAUUUGAAAUGUUUGAACCAAACGCCCAGCAGAACACCGAAAGCAAGGUGACCACAGGCCGCAAGGUGGUGAACCAGGGCAUCCGAAAAGGCUGGAUGAGCAUCCACAACUUGGGCAUCAUGCGUGGUGGUUCCCGUGACUACUGGUUUGUGCUCACCUCAGAGAGCCUUAGCUGGUACAAGGACGAGGAAGAGCGUGACAAGAAGUACAUGCUGCCACUUGAUGGGCUCAAACUCAGGGACAUAGAGCAGGGCUUCAUGUCCAAGCGACACACCUUUGCUUUGUUCAACCCUGAUGGACGCAACGUUUACAAGGAUAACAAAACUCUGGAGCUGAGCUGCGAAACGUCAGACGAUGUUGAUUCCUGGAAAGCUUCAUUUUUGCGCGCCGGCGUUUACCCGGAGAAAGCGAUGGAGCAGUCAAACGGCGAGGAGGGCACCCAGGAGACUCAGGCCUCGAUGGAUCCGCAGCUCGAGCGUCAAGUCGAGACUAUUCGCAAUCUGGUCGAAUCCUACAUGGGAAUCGUUAAUAAGACUUGCAGAGAUCUCGUACCUAAGACUAUAAUGCUGCUGAUCAUCAACAACUGCAAGGAAUUUAUUAACGGCGAGCUCUUGGCCCACCUCUACGCUUCUGGCGAUCAGGCCUCAAUGAUGGAGGAGAGUCCCGAAGAGGCGCAAAAGCGCGAGGAGAUGCUUCGCAUGUACCACGCGUGCAAGGAGAGCCUUAACAUCAUUGGUGACGUGUCGAUGGCGACCGUGUCGACCCCGGUGCCACCACCGGUCAAGAACGAUUGGCGCAGCGGCGGUGGUAGCGGCGGUAGUAUGGGCAGUAUGGGUGGCAGCCUCGGCGGUGUCGGCAGCAGCGGAGGAUUCGAUUCAUCUAGGUUCUCGCCUCCGUCUCCCGCGAUGAACAGGUCGCAGCCACCAGCGCCAGCCGUCGCUGCGGGCCGGGCGCCCCCGAUCAUUCCUCCAUCGGGUGCCAGGCCUGCGCCUGCCAUUCCUAAUCGUCCCGGUGGCGGCAUGCCACCCGCACCGCCUGCUGGAAGACCAGGUGGCGGUCUGCCACCCCCACUCAUCCCAUCGCGCGGACAACAACAGUCGAGCGGCGGCGCUUUCGGAGGUCUGAGCCAAUCGAUUCAGGCCGCGGGACAGAGGGCCCAGCAGGCGGCCACGCAGGCCGCCGCACAGGCCGCUACGCAAGCCGCCAUGAAUGAACUCAAAGGGGCCUUCUUUGGGCGCAAAUAAGCACUUAUCUUCCAUAAUCACGACUAAGAAGGAGAGAAACGAAUGAACACUCAGUCUUGUUUUCUGGACACGAGCAAUAUUUUGAAUUUGAAAAGAACAUUCAUUGUUGAUUAAUGAAUUCCAACAUUCCACGCCCUCAGUUCUUGGACGGCGAUACUGGAUCUGAGGAGAAAUAUUUUUGUUUGAGCAAGGCUAUUUUUCACCCUACUCGGCAAAGCUUUUCCUCUAUAUAAAUGUUGUUGAUCAAAUGAUAUUGUUAUUGAUGAUAAAUGUAAAAAAAACAGCAAAAAAAUAUGUUACGGAUAAAAGACCAAACUUAAGAAUGAAUACUAAACGAACAACAGAGAUAAAAUAAAUGUAGUGCUCAAAAUUGUAGUCACUAGUGCGAAUUCGACAGAUUUGGACGUUGCUGUUAUGCAAAGGAAAACUAAAAAAGUAAUAACCGGAAUAAGAAAUUUGUAUUUUUAAGACGACACUUCAUGCAGAGCAGUCCAAACGAGUUAGCGGAAGAUAAAAAAAAGAUAUCGCGUCAGUCAUAGCAUCCAAUACUGUGUUACACGCCUAAAUGUGUCGUUUUAACACUCUCUUUUGGUGUUGCACACUGGAAACAAUACUACUCGAGAAUCUGAACAAAUCCCCCGGAUAAUGUGGCAAUAUCAAUAUCAGUCAACGUAUGAAUGUGCGAGAUUUCAUCCAGGAGAUAAGUAGCCAAACCAUCCCCAGCGUUGAGCAAAAGGAAAAGGCACUCACACACAACUACUAAUACAGGCCUAGUACCGUAGAUAUUAAUCAAAGACGACACAGAAAACACGCAAAUAGUGAGAUAAUUCAUUAUAACCGACGUAGCGUUCUGUGUUUUGCCUUAUAUUGAAUUAUUUCAGCUGAUUUGCCGCAGACGUUCGCGUUGCUUUGCUAAAAAAGGGGGAUAUGCACCAAAAUAUGUAAAGUAACAUGUAAAAGCAAGUCAAUUAUUUCUGGUACAUGAUGUGUAGUUUCUGAAUCUCCCGUGUCGAUCUGUUGUUCCGAGCACUUGGUGAAAAGAGUGCCGAUUAACACAACCACCGCAUAUCUGUGCGUUAAAAUUUGAAUCUUGUUGAAUUUGCUCGUUUCCGGGUCCCUGGUACAAUGUUUGCAAAGCGCAGUUUGGAUUAUAGCGUUUUUUAGUCUGAGUCUGUGAACCGAAUACAAAGAAAACGAAUAACAUUCCUUGCAUUCCAAAGUUGAAAAAAGAGUUUGUUGAGUAUUUGCGUAGCGAGAGAAGCAUUACAUUAGAGCACUGAAUUUAAACACUCGAAUUAAUGUGCAUAAGUGUGUAUAAAUACUGUAAUAUAGCAAACAGAUCUAACAUAAAUAUAUAUAUAUUUAGCCAGACAAAGCAAGUAUGUAUUUCAAGAAACGAUACUUAAGUAUGAUGUAACCACACAGAGGAGAAAUUAGCGACGGAUAUACAGUGAUUUUGAUUAUAAAAUAAUAUUUCUAAUAUCAUGUAAUAUUGGAGACGCGUUCGGGUUCUCAAAACACACGUUUACAUUAUAUUACCAAGCGUUUAUUUGCAAUUUUUAUAUUAUUAUUUGUGCUCAAAUAUGUGUUCGUGAAUUUGGUUGAGCAGUUUUACGUGACUUAUUGUCUGUGAAAUUAUAAAUUGAAAUUAUUGUAGACGUGCAGAAAAUUCAAAAAGUGCUUGCUUGUUGGGCUCCUCUUCGUGUUGAAUGUCACACCACGAGACUUUUGGAAUUUUCAUUGCAACACACUAUUCAUAAUGUACAGUAAAAAUCAUAUAAAACUAAUAAUGAGAAAUGUAUCAUUGCAGUUGUUAACAUAAAAUUGUCUGACUAGACGCAA